AGAUGUUCCGCACUCUGACCUCGGCCAGUGUGGCCCUGGGGCCGCGGGUGGCGGGCUGGGUGCGCACCAUGGCCUCGCACCAGCUGCUGGUGGCUCCCCCAGAGGCCCUGCUCAAGCCCCUGUCGGUGCCCAGCCGGCUCCUACUGGGGCCCGGGCCCUCCAACCUGGCUCCGAGGGUCCUGGCAGCCGGGGGCCUGCAGAUGAUCGGCCACAUGCACCAGGAGAUGUACCAGAUAAUGGACGAGAUCAAGCAAGGCAUCCAGUACGUGUUCCAGACCAGGAAUCGCCUCACGCUGGCGGUCAGUGGCUCUGGGCACUCUGGCCUGGAGGCUGCCCUGUUCAACAUCCUGGAGCCUGGGGACUCCUUCCUGGUCGGGGUCAACGGCAUCUGGGGGCAGCGGGCAGCCGAAAUCGGGGAGCGCAUUGGAGCCCGCACACACCAGAUGACCAAGGAACCCGGAGGCUACUACACCAAGCAGGAGGUGGAGGAGUGCCUGGUCCAGCACAAGCCGGUGCUGCUGUUCCUGACCCAAGGGGAGUCAUCCAGCGGUGUGCUGCAGCCCCUCGACGGCUAUGGGGACCUCUGCCACAGGUACCAGUGCCUGCUCCUGGUGGACUGUGUGGCAUCCCUGGGCGGGGCCCCCAUCCACAUGGACCAGCAAGGUAUCGACAUCUUGUACUCGGGGUCCCAGAAGGUCCUGAACGCCCCUCCGGGCACCGCACUCAUCUCCUUCAGUGACAAGGCCAAAAAUAAGAUCUACACCCGGAAGUCGAAGCCCUACUCCUUCUACCUGGACAUGACGUGGCUGGCCAACUUCUGGGGCUGUGACGACAAGCCCAGGAUGUACCAUCACACCACCCCGGUCAUCAGCCUGUACAGCCUGAGAGAGAGCCUGGCCCUCAUCGCGGAGGAGGGCCUGGAGAACAGCUGGAGACGGCACCGGGAGGUCACUGCCUACCUACAGGGGCGCCUGCAGGGGCUGGGCCUGCAGCUCUUCGUGAAGGACCCGGCUCUCCGGCUGCCCACUGUCACCACGGUGGCCGUGCCCGCUGGUUACGACUGGAGAGACAUCGUCAAGUACCUCAUAGACCACUUCUCCAUCGAGAUCACCGGCGGCCUGGGGCCCUCCGUGGGGAAGGUGCUGCGGAUCGGCCUCCUGGGCUGCAACGCCACCCGGGAGAACGUGGACCGAGUGACGGAGGCCUUGCAGGAGGCCCUGCAGCGCUGCCCCAAGAACAAGCUGUGACCGGCCGCAC